AUGUCAGUUGACAAGAAACUCAAUGAUUUGAAGCUCGAAUCCAACCCUAGUGAAUCCGCUAAGGUUGUUGAUGAAAGUAAAGCUGGUAAAGCUGGUAAAGCUGGUGAAAAGGUUGAAAAAUCAGGUAAAUCUGCCAAAGCAGCCAAAAAACCUGCCAAUCCUUUAUUAUUAGACCCACAACCUGAAUUCAUCGAUUACCGUAUUAAAAUGUUUGAUGAAUUGAAAGCUAAGUAUGAUGAAGAUGUAGCUUCAAAACCAAGAGAAGAUAUCAAAAUCACUUUGAAAGAUGGAACUAUCAAAGUUGGUAAAAGUUGGGAAACUAGUCCAUUUGAUAUUGCCAAUGAAAUUGGGAAAUCCUUCAGUGAAAGACAAGUUAUUUCAAAGAUUGAUGGAGAAUUAUGGGAUUUAACCAGAGUCUUAGAAAAAGAUUGUUCAUUAGAAUUUUUGGAUUUCGAACAUCCUGAAGGUAAACAAGUGUUCUGGCACUCAUCAGCUCACGUUUUAGGUGAAGCUUGUGAAUGUCAUUAUGGUUGUCAUUUAUCUUAUGGACCUCCAACCAACGAUGGGUUCUUCUAUGAUAUGUCUAUCAACAAUGGUGAAGGUGUAGUUACUCAAGCAGAUUUUGGAAACUUGGAAAAAGUUGCUACUAAAGGUAUCAAAGAGAAACAAAAAUUCGUCAGAUUAGAAAUGACUAAAGAAGAACUUUUAAAGAUGUUCCAUUAUAACAAAUAUAAAGUGGAAUUCAUUAAAGAUAAAGUUCCUGAUAAUACUUCCACUACCGUUUAUAGAUGUGGUCCAUUGAUUGAUUUAUGUCUUGGACCUCAUAUUCCUCAUACUGGUAGAAUUAAGAGUUUUAAAGUGUUAAAGAACUCAUCAUCAUAUUUCCAAGGUGAUGCUACUAAUGAUUCCUUACAAAGAAUCUACGGUAUCUCAUUCCCUGAUAAAAAAUUAAUGGAUGAACACUUGAAAUUCUUAAAAGAAGCUAGUGAAAGAGAUCAUAGAAAGAUUGGUAAAGAACAAGAAUUAUUCUUAUUCCAUGAAAUGUCUCCAGGAUCUGCUUUCUGGUUACCUCAUGGUACUAGAAUUUACAAUAACUUAUGUGAAUUGAUGAGAUCUGAAUACAGACAAAGAGGUUUCGAAGAAGUUAUUACUCCUAACAUGUAUAAUUCUAAAUUAUGGGAAACUUCAGGUCAUUGGGGUAAUUAUAAAGAGAAUAUGUUCACUUUCGAUGUUGAAAAAGACCAUUUUGGUUUAAAACCAAUGAAUUGUCCUGGUCAUUGUUUAAUCUUCAAGAGUAGAGAAAGAUCUUAUAGGGAAUUACCAUGGCGUGUUGCCGAUUUUGGAGUCAUUCAUAGAAAUGAAUUCUCUGGAGCUUUAUCUGGAUUAACUAGAGUUAGAAGAUUCCAACAAGAUGAUGCUCAUAUCUUCUGUACUGAAGAUCAAAUUGAACAAGAAAUUAAAGGAUCAUUUGAUUUCUUACAAAAAGUUUAUGGUAUCUUUGGUUUUGAAUUCAAGAUGGAAUUAAGUACUAGACCUGAAAAAUACGUUGGAAGUUUAGAUACUUGGAAUAAAGCUGAAAAGAAAUUAGAAAAUUCUUUGAACGAAUUUUUAGGUGACAAAUGGGAAUUAAAUCCUGGUGAUGGUGCUUUCUAUGGUCCUAAGAUUGAUAUUAUGAUUAGUGAUGCUUUAGGAAGAUGGUUCCAAUGUGCCACUAUUCAAUUAGAUUUCCAAUUACCUUCCAGAUUCGAAUUAGAAUUCAAAUCUGAACACAAUGACAAAGAAGAUUCUAUUUCAAGACCUGUUAUGAUUCAUAGAGCUAUUUUAGGUUCUGUUGAAAGAAUGACUGCCAUUUUAACCGAACAUUUCAAAGGUAAAUGGCCUUUCUGGUUAUCACCAAGACAAAUCUUGGUUGUUCCUGUUGGGGUUAAAUUCUUUGAAUAUGCUGAAAGCUUAAAAGAAAGAUUAGUUAAAGAAUUUGGUUUCUAUGCUGAUGUUGAUGUUUCUGGUAACACUUUACAAAAGAAAGUUAGAACCGGUCAAUUAUUAAAAUACAAUUUCAUCUUUAUUGUUGGAGAUCAAGAAGAACAAGAACAAAGUGUUAAUGUUAGAAAUAGAGAUAUCCAAGAAGAACAAGGUAAGAAUGAAACUGUUAAAUUUGAUUUAGUGGUUGAACAAUUAAUUAAGUUGAGAGAUGAUAAGAGAAGAGAUAAUAAAUUAGUAUAG